UUUAGCAUUCAAUCUCACGAUGGCGAGCACCGCUUUGUUAUCAAUUGUGCUUUUUCUCACACUGGCUGCUUUUUCUGGCGGCGCAAUUUCAGCCAAGGACGGCCGAUUUUGCGACGAUGUCACGGUGGUGCAGUCGCACGACGCCGAACUUAGGACGGACGGCAGUUUGCAAACGACUAAUGGAACGAUUUACCCAAAGAGAACGUUUUGGAGGGAAGACCGGCUUUGGCACGUUUGCCCAUGUCUCAUUGGCCUCUGCAUCCGCUACUGUCCAAAUAGUCUCAUAAAAAAGAAGAACCACACUCUUGUGCCUGACGACGAAAGAUUUCUUGUUUGGGAUGGAGACACGCAGUUUUGGGUUUCACCGGAAAGAAAAUUCAGAAUCAUCAAAAAUUGCAAAUGUGACCGUCCCAGAUUAAACAUCGACCAAAAAUAUCGAAUCCUGACGGACGGAACCGCUUAUUUGACCGAAGUGAAGAAAAAUAUUUCGCCUACAGAUUACUGCAUCAUACGCACCCAAAACGAGCAAAUCAUGUACCACUGUUUGGAACAAGACAUCACGAGAUUUGAAGUGCUGUACGUUUUCUAUUGCAUUAGCGCCGUGUCUUUGCUGCUCACCCUAGUCCUGCUUUUGCUCUCCAAAUUUCGGACCACGCCGCACGGUCUGUCAUUGAUUUGCCUGGUCAUCAGCUUGUUCAUCGUGUUUCUCAGCAAAAUUGUCAUCGGCACGGAAGACGUCGAUCAACGCUGGCAUUGGUGCACCAUCAGUGGCUACGUCAUUUAUUACUUUACAAUGACCACGUUUUUCUGGCUGAACAUUUUAUGCAUUGAGGUUCAUGCAAUCAUCAAAAGUUGUCUAUCUGAUGGCACCCAAAGCAAAUUCUUGCAAUACUCGAUCUUCGCUUGGGGCGCCCCUUUCAUAAUUUUGAUCGUUGGCCUUUGCCUUGAUCUGUUGGUAACGAGCAACGACACUCUCCACCCAGGAAUUGGAGCCUACACUUGCUGGUUCCAGGGAAAAUUGACCGAAUUGAUUUUCCUACAAGCGUCCGUGUGCACCAUUCUGCUGAUCAACGCGAUAAUUUUCGCCUCGGCCGUGCGAUUGCUUUUAGCGCUGAAAGCGAAAAGGUCCGAAAUCGCUCUGAGGCGCGGAAAGGAAGAGUCGGUUUCGUGGUCGCAGCUCGAGUCGGGCUGUGUCGGCGUCACGGCCGGCCUGUGCCUCUUUUUGGGUUUUGUUUUUCUGACCCACAUUUUGGUUUCGUGGGUGACGGACAGACGCUCAUUUGUCAGGUUGAUCUCUGACUCGACCGGCGCCCUUCAAGGCGUGUUUGUUUUCAUUCUGUGCCUCGUUUUCACACAACUGCUGGAUAAACUUUGCAAACGGGAAACGAACGAGAAAAUGGUCCGAGUUACGUGCGAACCGGCACCGGUGGCUCGGUCCAGCGUCAUUAGAACAUCUAUGAUGCAGGUGGCCCUGCCGUAAAAUGACAUACAUGUAUGAAAAUAUUAAAUUAUUUUAUGCUAUUUUUCCGUAUUUUUUUUAUGUAUAAAAAAUAAUAAUAUAUUAAAAUAAAUUUAAAUGUAUAAUGAAAAAAAUUGACUUAAAUUGAAAAAUUAAAAACAUUAUUCAUCGAAUGGAUACUUAGGACAACCAUCUUCAUAUAAUUAU